AUGGAUGAGGAUGCACCUUUGGAGGGGCAGCAGCAGCAGCAGCAGCAGCAGCAGCAGCUCAGCGAAGGUCCUGCUGCUGCUGCUGUUGCUGCUGCAGCAGGUAGCGCAGCAGACACUGCAGCGGCAGUAGCAGCAGCAGAAGAGCCUGCUGCAGAGGAUAAUGCAGCAGAAAAUAAACCCAAGGGUGAGUCGGCCGCAGCAGCAGCACACACAGACGGAGGCGCAGCAGCAGCGGCAGCAGCAGCAGCACCAGCCGCAGCAGCAGCAGCAGCAGAAGAUGAGUGGGGCUUGUUCGGAGGCCAGGACCCCUUAGAAGCGGACAUAGAUUUCGAAGGCGUUCCUGCAGCAGCAGCAGCAGCAGCAGGUGAGGAGCAGCAGAAGGAUGGCGAGGCAGCCGCAGGCCCAUCAGCAGCAGCAGCAGCAGCAGCAGCAGCAGCAGCAGCAGAUUUCGACGAGGCCUGCUGCAGCAGCAAACUGAGCUACGCCCUGGGCCUGGCUGUGGGGCCCAUCUGCUGGGAGCCCCCAAAUGAGGUUCAGCUCUUUGCAGCAAAAGCGAAGCAAAGAGAAGUGGCAGCAGCAGCAACACUGCUGCAGCAGCAGCCACCGGAAGUGCGGGCUUCGCUGCAGCGGCGGCUGCAGCGCAUGCAGGAGAAGGCGAAGCUGCUGCUGCCGUUUCAUCCGCUGCCGCCUUGCAAGCUGCUGCCAGUUCCAGAGGCGCUGCUGCAGCAGCAGGAGGAGCAGCAGCAGCAGGAGCAGCAGCAGCAGCAGCAGCAGCAGGAGCAGCAGCAGCAGGAGAAGGAGCAGUCUGCCCACUCUCCUGACGGUGUUGCUGCAGCACUCGUGGAGAAUGAAGUCAGCCCGGGGCAGCAGCAGCAAGUGCCGCAGCAGCAGCAGCAACAACUGCAGCAGAAUCAGAAGCAUCAGCAGCAGGAGACUCCGCCAACAGCCAAACGGCCUCCGGAGGGACCCCCAAAAAGUCUGAGCCUGCUGCAGCAGCAAAAACCCCAAACGCAGCAGCAGCAGCAGCAGCAGCAGCAGCAACCACAGCAGCAGCAGUGA